UGAAUUCUUUAUUUUCAAAACUUCUUUUCGUGUUCUUUCCAUCGCGUUAUGAAAAUUUAUCCUUUAUUGUACGCAUAAUAAGACCGGUCAAUUUUGUUAUUCCUUAUGAAAAUCAAAUGUGUUCCUUUUCUUUUAUCUCCAACGAAUGUUAGCCCUUUCUAAGCUUUCAAAUUGCUCGUUCUACAGCCGACUAUAUGUUUUCGCGAAAUUGUCUUCGACAGAAUGUUAAUCCUCUCUUUUUUCAUUUCUUACCGUGCGUUUCAAGUUUCGCACUUUUCAAAAACGUUGUUUUUUUCAAACGAAAAAUCUAUUUUGACGUUUACUGAAGAUAUUCCUUUACUAACUGUUGUGACAAAUAACGCAUCGUUCAGUAAAAUGAUAUUUUUUAAGCAAGACAUCAAAAAAAUUUUUCAUCUUCAACUAUCAAGAGUUGGUAAAGAUGGCGCCAAUUGUUGAUGUACUUUAUUAAUGUCCACUUUCGAGAAAUAAGAAAAUUAGUCUAUUUUAUUAUUAUUGCUAAUAAUUCUCAAUAUAUUCUUCGAACUAACUAGUAGAUUAAACGAAGCAUCGGUAAAUUAUCGUUAUCGGAUAGUUAGCAAUUAACGAAAGUACCCAUUCGUCGAACAAUCAAAUAAGUUGUUAAUAGGUGAGCAAACAACAAUAAAUUAUCGGUACAGUAUGAUAGCGAUUUUUAUUUUAUAUGCAUCACUUUUAUUUUUCAUUAUCCACUUAUUUUCUUUUUUUAAAUAAAAUAUUGCCCGCUAUAAACAAAAGAUACAGUUAGGAUUAUAUUAAACAACUCUCUAGAAUACUCUAAAAAUUUUAAUUUAUUUAUAAAUAAUAACAAUAAUUACUUUUAAUUUAUCCCUCCUUUAAGUAAAUAUAAUAUCGCCUUUAUCUUUUACAAAAAAGUUUGCUUUCGUUGUAAACUAUUGUCAUUCAGUAUUUGCGGUAAUAUCAUUCGCAGAUGAAGGUCUUAUUCUUUGUCAGCAGAGUUACUAAUAUUGAAAACUGGUAUUAAAAUUGUGCAAAGUGUUGAUGCAGUACACGCAUAACAGUGCAGAAUGGAGAUUUUGAUAGGUAGAGGUCAAUUUCCCGAAAUUAAUAAUGCCCUUAUUGCAAAUGUUUCUUUGAUUUUAUCCAAAAUUAUAUUUCAUUACUUUUAAUAGAUCAAAGAAUAUAAUUCGCCUAAAUUCUAUUAUUUUGUAAAAUAUUAAAAUUCUAAAAGCUUAUUUCAAAAAUUUUCGAAAAAAUACAGAAAAAGUAAAGAAUUUUCUAUAAUAUUUUGUCAAUCAUGCAAGACAUUGCCUUUCUUUAAAAGUGACGAACCGUAAUAACAGUAUAGUACUAUCUCUGUGUCAGUUUUGAAGAACUUUUUCGUUCUUAUAGCCACGAAAACGGUAUCGUCUUUCUCAUGAAAUCUCGCUUGGGUGACUUUUUACACUUCUAUGCCUUUAAGGUCUCUUAACGCUCUAGAGACAUCAUCUUUCUCUCACUUUCUUUUUCUCUCUUGCUCUCUCAAAAACUUCCACGUGGUGUUUCACGAUAUCGCGUAACCUAAUGACCUGCGAAAUAUUUGUUACUACGUUUUAUUAUACGUGAGUGUCCGUCUACCUUUCACUUUGCUCACCCUACCCAUUUGUCAACUUUUUUCGAUCAAUUUUUUAUUUUAUUAUCCGUUAUGUUUCUGGCUACAUUCGAUCGUUCCUCUUCUUCUCGAUUUACAAUGUAGCACUUUGCGAUAUGACUGACGGGUAAAAUUUCACUAAAAUAUUCUUAUGGAAGAGACGAUUUUAACGAUCUAAAAUUAGCACUACGUGUAUAAAUAGAUAUGUAAAUGUAUAGAUCUAAAGAUGAAACUUUUUUCUUUUUGUCAAGGUGUUAAGAAAAUCAAGACGAUUAUCUGUUCCAAAAAAAAUAUAAAUUAAGAGAUGAUCAAUGUUAUUAUCGUUGUAAAAUACCGCGUGAUGCUUUUCCAGAUAUUCGUGUAAAAAGGAAAGAAAGAGUGAAGAUGUUAAAGAGGGUUCACUAGGUGCUCUCUUAUGUAGUUCAACAUCGAUCCCACGAAACACAAUUUCAUAGCAAUACAAAAAUUAAACUACACAUAUUGCGGUAUUUUCUCACGCAUUCUAAAGCGAGACCACUGACUGUAUUCUUUACCGUUAAUGUAACUUAAUAUAAUAGAUUUUUGUUUAAAGUAAAAAGAAUCUUUCUCGUGCGACGAACGAUUGUCACUCGUUUUCUUCCAAAAAUAAGUAGUUCCAGAAUGAACGUGACAACAGCAGCCCACAGUGCUGUGAGUACCCUUGCCGAGUUUGUAGGCCUCGAGGAAAACGUAAGAAUGGAUAAAAGUGGUGAUAUUAUGGACGAGGACCUUGGCGUCUCACCAGUCACCCUAUCACCAGCUUGGUCCAGAGUCGCCCGGCUUCUUUUACUGGCUUCUCUUGCGGUUGGUGGAAGUGUCGGCAAUGUCUUCAUGAUAUCAGCAAUAGUUGUCGAAGAUCAGUUGAAAAAACGAGGAAAUGCGUUUCUAGUAAACGUUGCUUUAGCGGACCUAUUGGUGACCGGCCUUGUAAUACCGGUGUCCGUUAUCGUGAUCCUGGCAGGACACGAAGAAUCUUUAAGCACCUGCCGCUUUGAAUGGACUCUCGAAGCGCUUUGCUUUCUGGUCACCGUGCUAACUUUGACCACGAUAGCAGCCGAGAAUUACGCUCGCCUUUGUUUACCCCCUGAAAGAUACAGCUUUCUAACAGCGAGCCGAGUGACAGCCACUAUAAUCGUCAUUUGGCUCAUUGCGGUGAUCGCUGUGAUUCUUCAAUCAUCUAUCAACGUCGGACCAGACUUUUGCCUACGAAAAUUUGGCGGUAUAACGAUGGAGCAAAUAGUGGGUGUAACGAUAUUGGUCGGUUUACCCGCUGUAACAAUUACCUUGCUUUAUGCGAUGCUUGUCUUGUGCGUACGCCGAGCAACGAGGGGAUCCUACAAACCACCGAUCGCCUUUUCUUGGGACUACGAAUUAACUAAAGCGAACAUAUACAGUUGCCUGAUGUUUAUGAUAUUUUGGUUGCCCUUCGGCGCUGCCGUAUGCGUGAAUUCGUUUCGACCGAUGAGUGCUCACGUUCUCUAUGGCCUAGCCUGGUUCGCCUUUUCCAAGUCUUGCUUCAAUAAUCUUCUCUACUGUGUGGCCGAUCGACACUUCCGCAGCGCCUACGUAAAGCUCUUUCAUUACUGCUGCUGCAAAACGACCGUGAACUUUUCUAGAAGAACGCGCGCCGAUGCUGGCAGGAAUUCUAGUGACGUGCGUUUAAGGGUUCAUAUCAUCCAUUCUUAUGCGAGUCCGGCUUCCUGUAGACCUACUGUGGCCAGACCGAACGGACGUGAAGUUUACGAGCUCUAAAACGGCUUUCUAUUAAUGUUUGCUAUUUCCUUUCUUUUGUGUGCCCCACCUCUCACUCCCCACACACGCUACUUAUGCUAUGAGAACAUCAAACUCGAGUAUUCAUUUUUUCUUUUCUGUCUCCUGAAAUCAAUUGUGGAGAAAAUGAAUUCGUCCAUAAGAGUAGUUACGGAAUAAACUUUCAAACGCUCUCUAUUUUCAGCCAAGUAUAUACGAAGGUUUAUUGCACUUGAGCGCUCUUGCGCGCACACGAUACACGUGACUGGCUUCCAAUUUGGAGAUGCUAACGCGAUUCUCUGAUUUCUAUCCACUUAAAGUUUAUCGUCCUUUUGUCUUUCUUCUGUUAUUCUUGACACGAGGUGUAGUACGCACAAAAUGAGAGAAUUAUGACAUUGAUGGGUCUAUAUCAAAUCUAUAUUUCGAACGAACCAUCGUCACCGAUACGAAUUUGUAUAAAGAAUUUUGUCUUGUUUUAAAACGAAAGAGAGAAAGAGAGACACACGAAUUUACGAUGAAUUUCUAAGGAAACAGAUGUUUCGAGAAACUCACACAUGCCUUGUCUAUUUCCGUCUUCGUUUCCGUUAACAAAGAAAUACAUAUCUUUUCAAAUUGUAUUGCUGACAUAGACACAGUUAUAUUGAUGAAUAUAUCAUCGAGACUAAUCUCAUAAAAAAAUGAAAUACGUAUCGAUGAAUGUUUAUACAGUUUUUCUAAUCAUAUUAUAAACCUGUUUUCUGUUUAAACAAAUCAGUGAAGAAAAGAGUCGCAUUCGAAAGAGUCUAUAAUAGAGGAAAAGAAAACUAAUUCAAAAAUAGAUAUAGAGUUAUCUCAUUGAGAGCUGUCUGAACCCUCGUGACUCCGUCCGAUUUCGUUAUCCGUCCUUGUUCGAUUAAAGGGAUUCAAAGUUAUAAAUUUUUUUUAUAACAAAGCCGUCUCUUAGUUACGCAUCGUCACGCAGAAAAAUUUAAAGUUUCGUAAUAAGAUUGUUUUAGGGAUGUAGAAUUUCCUAAGCACAAUAUUAAUCUAAAACGUUCUUUUCCUCGUCAUUUAAUAUAAAGAUUUUUAUAUUUUAGGGCAACAUUGAAUUUUCGAUUAGAAGAUUUUAAAUUUCAUUAUAAUGAGAAGAAAAUUGUUUUUUUGUUUUCUUUCUCUUCCUCCCUUUCUGUCGUCUUUUAUGUUUCUCUUUGGAUGAAAUUUGCUGCGCUUAGAUGGCGUUUUAAGAGGAAGUAAGAAGUUGACGGAAAAUAGAUUUGAUUUAUGUUAGAGUGAAAAACGAUUAUCUAAUACUAUCAAGAUGAACGAAAGUAAUUUAGGACAAUAUAUAUUAGAGCAACACGGAUCUUCAAGUUUCGAGAAUGAAAUAGUGUCAUCGAUCAAUCGUUAUGUCUGAAAUUAUGGUGGCGCUACCUGUCGAGGUAGUGAAGGGAAAAGAGGAAAGCACUCAUAAAGGGCAUUCGUAAGCUUUAAAGGGGCUGUACUUUCUUGCUAGCGUUCGAUGUGGAUUAAUCGCCACUCCUAUUAAUUAAUUAUAUCGGCUGUUCUUUGAUGACUUACAAAAUUAUAAUUUUCAACGAUCUAUCUAUAUCUAAUGUAGUAUUAUUCUUUUAUGCAAUAGAAACACAUAUCAAUUAAUUACGCUUUUCUUGAAAUUUACUUCAUUUUACACACUCGACUACACUUUCCAUAAAAUACGUUUAUAAAUUUUUGAUUCGCUCCAAAAUAUUACCAAUAGAUAUCUAUCAAAUUGGUCCGUUUCCUCGACGCGAAAUGACAAAUUAAUCGAUCUAUAUCGAACCAAGAAUAUAGUCAUACUUCGAAUAUCUAACGAUUCAAUCGAUUUGAAUAAAAUUCAUGUUAUUAUCAUUUUUUAUUUUUUUAUGAGCACGUAUUUACGUUUGGAAAAGUAUUUCAAAUAUUUUCAAUUUCAUCUGAUAAUUUUCCACUUUAUAGAUCAUUGAAAAUCAUUACAAAAGCAUGAUCUCGCAAAAUUAAUCUUUAUUUAGAUAGAUAAAUUUUAAAUAGAUUUUUAAUUUUUAAUUACGAGAUUAAAGUUACGAGACUUUUAUUUCUUAACGUGUAAUUUUUCUACACCAUUUUAAGGCUAAUUGAAUUUCUUGAAAUCUUGCUAUUAUACAUAUUGCUGAAAUUAGUAUAUAUUUUAUAUACCACAUAUAUUUUUUUAGCUUAUAUCAAAAAAAAAGGUACAAAAAGUUUUGUACAAUUCUCUUUUGAAAAUUUCAUAUCCGUGUAUUUAAUGAAUUAUUAUAUUAAUCUCAAUAAUGAUAUUAGAGAUUGGAACCGACUUUCGGGAAGAUAAUAUGUAUUCUCUAUCCGUUUAUCAACUGGUACUUAAAUUCACGAAACAUUUCUUAAAAAAUUAAGCAAUAUAUUAAGUUGAACAAUAAAUAAUGUCAAAAUUUUCAACCAAAAAUAUUGAAUAUAGUUUUGUUUAUUGGUAGAAAAUGUCGAAAAUUAGAAUAUUACUUAUUGGCCAAUCUAAUACUAACAAUAGCGAAAAAAUUGGACUCCGAACAAGAUAACAUCUUUUGAAAACGUAUCUAUAUGUAUCAUUCUAUACGUGAAAGAAUGUUUUCAUGGACGUUAUACAUUUCUAUUCCAAAUCGUAAAUAAAUCUUGCUCUAUUCUGUGAUUAAAUUCGCGCAAAACAUAUAAUCGUAUUUAAUCAUUAAAGAAAUUAUCGUUUAUGACAUUUUUUAUUACAUUAUAUAUGCACACAUUUAUAACACACGACAUUUUUGUGUCAAAAAUUUUUUGCAUGUAUAUACAUAUGCACUUACAUAUAGUGUGCAAAUAAUUCGAUAUUAUUAUUUGCAUUCGCACAAUUUCUAAAUCCAAAGAAAAAUGAUGAGAUCGAUAAGUGAUUUUAUCUUUGUGCUAUUAGAACUCUAGUUUCGGUUACUCUCGAGCACGAUAACUUUAUAGCACGAGAAAAUAUUAGCUCUGUCCUUAAAAUAAAUACUUCUUAUCUGCAUAUUGUGGUCAAGUAUAUUUUACGACGAAAUUUUUUAAAGGAAAAGAAAGCAACAUAAUCAAAUCAAUCUCUCUUUUGACAUAUGAAAUAAAGAACUGAAUUUAUUUUUUAAUCCAAUUAUAUAAAACAAAUUACGAAAUGAUCAAAUCAGGAGAAAUAUGUCGUAUUUUAUUAAAUCUUUAAAUAUAACACACUCUCUCUCUCUCUCUCUCUCUCUCUCUCUCUCUCUCUCUCUCUCUCUCUCUCUCUCUCUCUCUCUCUCUUAUAUUUAGUAAUUUGAAUAAAUGUAAUAAGUGUUUCAAACAAACAAAACGAUAUGUUUCUCAUGAUCUAUCUUAUAUACGUAUAUAUAUUAUAAGUAUAUAGUUCGUCUAGUAAACAUUGAUAAAUUAUGAUAAUGACGUAUAUAUAUACUUAUGUAUAUAAUAUAUGUAUAUACUUAUAUAUUUCUCAUGACUGUAUAUCUCUAAAUAUUGUAUUUUACAAGCCUUCUGUCAAUCUGUGAUCACAUUGUUAGAUAUGAUCGAAUCGUAUUAUGGUCGAUGUAUGUAUGUAUGUAAGUUCAAGUAACAGCUUUCAAAUUCGACACGAUUAAAUCGCUAAAACACGAUCGACGGAUCGUACGACUCGAGAAACGGGACCAGGAUGAAAAACAUGUUUGUCGUGCUACUACUUCUUACCAAUUACAUUUUACUUCUUUACUAUACUUAUCCUGCAUGUAAAUAUAUACAGGAUGAAGUAUAAUGAAUAAAACAUGACCAAUUAAAGAUUGAUUACUUGAAAAUUUUCUUCGUUUCCAAUGGAUUUGGAAAUCUUUCUUUAACUCGUACAAAUUUAUAUAUGAUUCUAAAUAACAUUGAUAAUAGCAUUCACAAGUUCAUUUUUUCUAAGCAAUUUGUAAAAUUCAAAUUUAAAAAACAUGUAGAUAAAAAACUGAUCACGUUACACAAUUUACCGAUAUUAUGCACAAUACUCGUAAACUAUAAAUUCGAAUCUAGUUUUUCUCUACAGUGAGUAAUAUCUCCCUUCGGGCUUGAAUCAUAUUUAACUGUAUUUCAUUUACCUGUAAUGGGUUAUAAAUUAAAUUCUGUGACUUAUUUUUCUUAUACUUCAUCAUUAACCUUUAGCUACGCUAAAUACGUAUCCAUCUUACAAGUAUGUGACGCAUCAAAGGACAGAAUUUUCAUAUGUAGCCUGGAGAAAGAUAUUACACACUUCAAAAAUGAAAAAAAAAUAAAGAUAUAUAAAAAUGAUGUUAUUAAAUUAGGCCCUUACACAGAAACUUAUAAUUAGUAAAAAAAAAAUCUUUGUCAGUUCAUAAUGUGUAUUCGACUGUAACGAUAUAAAUGUACAUGUAAUAAGUAUAAAUAAGUUAUAUACAAGAGUGUAUAUGCCCACGCAUACACACACGUGAGGUACUUCACGUAUUCAAAAAUCGAUACUCCAAGUAUUCGGCUAUGUCAAAGAGAUAUUCAGUGUUCAUUUCUUCAAAAUUGUUUCAUACAUGUUGUCGGCUAAAUUAAAUCAAUUCGAUCGUUUCUUCAAUACCGACACAGUAUCCGUCCAAGGAAAAAUUCAAAAUUUAUAAAAAAUAUCUACGAUCUAUUUGUAUUAAUUUUAGAUCUAUAAUCCCCCUCACUGUAAAAAAGAAAAAAACAAUUAUAUUUCGUAAAAUACAAUUUAUAUUUAUAUAAAAUAUAAAUCUUUUUUGUAUAAAAUUACAAUUAUGAAUAUUUUUGUACGGAGAGGGAUAAUUUACGAAAAAGCCUAAAGUGUGCGUGUAUGCGCGUGCUCGUGUAAAUAAGACAACAAUAAUAUAGACCAUGAAUGCAAACUGUAUAGAAUCAAGGAACUAAUUGCAUACGACACUCAUUAUUGAUCUUAUAAGAAAUUAUGAGCUUCGUCCGUCACCGGAGAUUCAUUAAUCUCGUAUUGCGAUCUAUCUAUUCUCGUGCAAGUAAAAAUCGGUAAUUAAUUGUGAACUGUCUAAAUAUAUUUAUAUAUUGCAUUAGUAUAUCUGUAAUAAAAUUAUGGUCGCGAUAAAUGUAUUCCAAAUUAAAAAAUCUGUAAGCAAUGAUUGGAGGUCCUACAUAUACUUAAAAUAAUAAACUUAAACGACAAGUAUAUGUGAUAUAUACAGGAUCUCUCAUUUUAAACGAUAUUGCUAAAUAUCUCCUAUCCUAUUACUUUUAUAAACAAAUGUUUCAAAUAGAAGUUAUUAAGUUUUAAUGUGGAAAUGUAAUAUGUAUUGCAGCUAUUUCAUAAAACAGGCUGUUGUCAAGAUACGGAAGUCAUAACAAUUUUUUUACAUGGAAAUCGAUAUAUUAAGCCUGACAAAAAUUGUAGAGAAUAUAAUACUAAUCUAACGACCAUCUGCAGUAUUUUUUCAUCGAUAUUCUAUCAAUUUAUAGAAGUUUAACAAACUGGAUAAUCGUAAUAAUAUGAUCAAUUUACCUGUAAACAUCUGAUAACCAAUGAAUUCAUUAAUCAAUUUUGUUUUUUAUUUGUAUGCACUUUUUCAUACAUUUUUAAAGUUGUUAUCAUUUGAAAUGCUCUUCAGCAGUCAUAAAGGACAUUAAAGCAAUUAUACAGGUCGUUAAACUUCAAGGCGCCAUAACUUGAUGAAAUAUUGAUAUUCUCUACAAAUUUUAUUCAGCUUAAAAUAUCGAUUUCCACAUAAAAAAAUUGUUAUGCCUUCUGCACAUUGAUAACAGCACCCUCUAUGAAAUAGUUGUAAUACAUAUUACAUUUCCACCUCAAUACUUAGCAACUUUUAUUAGAAACUAGUUAUUUAUAAAAACAAUAGGAUUGGAGAUAUGAUAUUUGAUCAUAUCGUUUAAAAUGAGAUACCCUGUGUGUAUACAUAUGUAAAUAUAUAUAAAUGUACGUAUGUAUACAUAAAUGUUCGUAAUCUCAAACUGAAAAUAAGAGGAAAAUGGAAUACAUUCACGUAUACUUCGCUAUUCUUUCUUAUCCAUUUAGAAAUUAAUAAAAAAGAAGAAGAAUCAUAGCUUACUUUAGAAUAAUGUAUAAAAUCCCUCUACAAUUGUAGAAUUAAUCAAUUAAUUAAUUCUGCUCGAAAGACUGACAUUGCGCCGUCAUUAUACAAAAUUUAUAAAAAUAACAAACAAACGAAAAAAUACAAGAUUUUUGGAAUGAUGAUCGGUCGAUAAAUUUAAUAAACUUUGUUGUAUAAAAACGUAGGUAAUCACAAGGAAUUACUCAUAUUUAUAUAUUAAGAAUAUAUAUUUAUACAUACAUUUUGUAUGUAGCAAGAAAAAUGAUCAAAACUUUAAAUCUAUAAUCUAAAUUAAAUCUGUUCUCCGAAUAUGAAAAUUAUAGUGUAGAAUAGAAAAAAGAAAAGACUAUAGUGGCAAUUUGUUCUAUUGAAACUUGCUACUAAGUAAUUCCUAUCAUAAAACUUGUCAUAUGCAUAAAACUGUUAUAUUCUAAACUUUGAGGACCAGAAAUACACAAUAAUGCAUUAUUUAUUUUAUCUGUAUACAUACAAAGUGAUCGAAAUGAUCUUUAUAUCAAGUAAAUUAAAAAAAAAAAAAGGAAAAAAAGUUGUGUUUAGUAUCUUGUAUAUGCGUUACUUCCUCUACGAAGUAAAUUCGGUUUAGAUUAUAUGUAAUUACCAUUGUCAUUGAAAUAAUAUAAUAUUUCUUUACUUAAAAUAUCGGAUUUAUUUUCAAUCGAAUAAAAUGAACUUUUUAUGAAAAUUAUCAGAAUUAAAAGGACUUCGACACGUGCUUGUUAAACAUGUAUAAUCUGGAUUCAAGCUUAUAAGUCGUUAUACAGCUUCUUUUACUAUGUAAGAAAGUGAAAGAAUUAAAAUAAGAAAAAAUAAAAAAAAAUAAAAAAACAAGAAAAAUAGAAUAUAUCAAUGUCAUGUUUUAAAAUAAAUGUCUAUGAUAAUAUUGCCAAGAGGGCCAUUGAUAUUAUUCAAUCGUCAGUUUGAUCUUAUAAUAAAGAUCAAAGUAAAAGAUAUUCCAAUAGUAGCCUACAUGCGAACGUAAAAACGUCACGAAACUCAUAGAAAUAGAUAGUAUUUCUUUAGUGAAAAUUAAAUCUUAAAAAUCUAUGUGACACCGACAGUAAAAUCUCUCUAUCGGAUUAUAAAUGUAUUUAUUUUGUACUUGACUAUAUUUUUUGCAUUAAUGUAUUUUUUGUAAACAGGCUGAUGUAAUGGAAAACGUCAUACCUCUUGGAAUGCAGCAUCUCGUUUUAUGAAUAUAUUUUACUGUAAUUUGUGUAAACGUAGAUUUUAUAAUGUUGUAAUAAAAGACACUUGUUUUUA